AUGGGCCUGUGGACGAGAAUGUGGCCCAAAGAUUGGGCUGCUUUCCUGAAAUCCUGGCUCAUAAUUUCCCUGGGGCUCUGCAUGCAGGUCUCCAAAACUCUGGCCUGUCCAAAUGUGUGCCGCUGUGACCGAAACUUUGUCUACUGUAAUGAGCGAAGCUUGACCUCAGUGCCUCUUGGGAUACCGGAGGGUGUAACCGUACUCUACCUCCACAAUAACCAAAUUAAUAAUGCUGGAUUCCCUGCAGAGCUGCACAACGUCCAGUCUGUGCACACGGUCUACCUAUAUGGCAACCAAUUGGAUGAGUUUCCCAUGAACCUGCCCAAGAAUGUCAGGGUUCUUCACCUGCAGGAAAACAACAUUCAAACCAUUUCUCGGGCUGCCCUGGCCCAGCUCCUGAAGCUGGAAGAGCUGCACCUAGAUGACAACUCCAUCUCUACUGUAGGGGUUGAGGAUGGAGCAUUUCGGGAAGCUGUCAGCCUCAAGCUUCUGUUCUUGUCUAAGAAUCACUUGAGCAGUGUACCAGUUGGCCUUCCAGUGGACUUACAAGAAUUACGAGUUGAUGAAAACCGAAUUGCCAUAAUUUCAGACAUGGCCUUCCAGAAUCUCACGAGCUUGGAACGUCUUAUUGUGGAUGGCAAUCUCCUUACCAAUAAAGGUAUAGCUGAGGGCACCUUCAGCCAUCUGACCAAGCUCAAGGAAUUCUCAAUAGUACGGAAUUCACUAUCCUACCCUCCCCCUGAUCUUCCAGGUACACAUCUGCUGAGGCUUUACCUGCAGGACAACCAGAUAACCCACAUACCACUUUCAGCCUUUUCAAACCUCCACAAGCUGGAGCGGCUUGAUAUUUCCAACAAUCAGCUCCGGAUGCUGGUGAAAGGGGUCUUUGAUAACCUCCACAACCUGAAGCAGCUCACUGCGCGGAAUAAUCCCUGGUUAUGUGACUGCAGUAUUAAAUGGGUCACUGAAUGGCUCAAAUUUAUUCCCUCAUCCAUCAAUGUCCGGGGUUUUAUGUGCCAGGGACCAGAACAGGUCCGAGGUAUGGCUGUCAGGGAGCUCAAUAUGAAUAUGUUGUCAUGCCCCACCACCACUCCUGGUCUGCCACUUAUCACCCCAGCCCCUGCUACCACCUUGCCAACCACACUGGUUCCCACUUCAUCAGUUCCAACUCCAAGUGAUAAAUACAGUCCUCUCCCACCCAUCACAUCCACACUCCCCACUGUGCCUGACAGGGAGGGCGGAGAAAUGGUGACACCUCCCAUUUCCGAAAGGAUCCAACUCUCCAUCCAUUUUGUGAAUGACACUUGCAUCCAAGUCAACUGGCUGUCCCUUUUUACCGUGAUGGCGUACAAACUCACAUGGGUUAAAAUGGGCCACAGCCUGGUAGGGGGCAUUGUCCAGGAACGGAUAGUAAGUGGUGAAAAACAACACUUAAGCUUGGUGAAUCUUGAACCCAAAUCCACUUAUCGGAUUUGUUUGGUUCCACUGGAUGCUUUUAAUAAUUACCGAGCUGGAGAAGACACUGUCUGUUCAGAAGCCACAACCAAGGCUUCCCACUUAAACAAUGGCAGCAACACAGCCUCCAGCCAUGAGCAGACGACUUCUCAGAAUAUGGGCUCCCCCUUUUUGCUGGCAGGCUUGAUUGGAGGUGCAGUGAUAUUUGUUCUUGUGGUCCUGCUCAGCAUCUUUUGCUGGCACAUGCAUAAAAAGGGGCGCUACACCUCCCAGAAGUGGAAAUACAACCGGGGCCGGCGGAAAGAUGACUAUUGUGAGGCGGGGACCAAGAAGGACAACUCCAUCCUGGAGAUGACGGAAACCAGCUUCCAGAUUGUCUCCUUAAAUAAUGAUCAGCUCCUUAAAGGAGAUUUUAGACUGCAGCCCAUUUAUACCCCAAACGGGGGAAUUAACUACACAGACUGCCACAUCCCCAACAACAUGCGAUACUGCAACAGCAGUGUCUCAGAUCUGGAACACUGUCAUACGUGA